CUUCACUAAAGAGCUAUUCUUGGGUCAGGCCGCGGCGCUGACAUGCCUGCCAGGCUCGGUGGUCGUGAACGACACGGGCAGCGCGGCUAGCCUUGCGCUUCUGUGUGACGCCAACGUGCAGGGGGGCACCUCUACGGGCAGCUCAGGAGGGUGUUUGCCAGACGUGUUGAACUCGACGAUGAGUUCGCUGUACACGCGCGUCAACGAGACCGUGAGUGUCUACAACCAAACUCUACUGACGUACUUAGCGUUCAUGUCAGCCCGUCAGCUGACUGACGCUGUCAGGUGCAACCAAAUCAACAGCUCCUACAUCACAGCCGCUACAAACUACCUGCAAGCCGCGCUAUCGCAACUCAACGCUCACAUCCUCUCCUCCAUCAACCAGACCCUGAACGCCACCGAGCUAGUGGAGAUGGUUGUGAUGGUGCAGUACCAGCUGUUGAACCUGCGCCACGAGAUGGUCGUCAAGGAGGACCAACUGAUGAGGGCUGAGGCUGCAGACCUGGACACCACUAUCGACGCACAGCUCCGCCUGCUGGACAAGUUGCGAAACGGAGGUAAGUUCUCAUCACUAUUGCUGUAGUUCAGUACAAAUCUUCCUGGAGUGUAAUUUUUCAUUUGAGUAAAGUAUCAAUUCAUAACGUACAUUAAAAAAAAUUCAACGUAUGCACGAUAGUGGCAAAUACCUGCAAAAAUAAUAAAUUUUAUUUUGAAGUACUGUAUUCAAGCCUCAUUCUUCCGCUAAGUCAUGAAUGCACUAAUAAAUUGCGAUGAUGAAUGCAAGGUAGAGAAACUCGUCUUAAUUCGUUGAAACCCAUAACUAAUAACUUACCAGUGUUACAUUGUAAGGUAAUGCACUGGGCUACGUAUUUCUAAAGUGAGAUAUUGCCUGAGAACCAGGAUGACGCUUAGAAAAUGAAUAUAAAAAAUGUAACAUUGAAAACAAAAAAAUAAGAUUCACAAUUUGGAAGAGUUCCAUAGAAGCUGGUAAAUGUUCAUAAAUUAUUUCUCCUUUGAUUUUUAUCUAGAAGAUUCCUAAUUUGAAAAGCACACUGAGAAGGAAUUGUUUGUUCGUUUAGCAUUCCAACAUUUCUUACUAAACUGCAUUGGCAGCAGAACUGGCCAAGUCUCGUCAAGCCGGUCAUCGUGCAGUAUGAUUUUCAUUUGCAGUUCAUUAGUACGCUAAUUGCAGAAUUUGAUGAAAUGCAAUAGUCUACCAGUUUUGCACGAGAUGUUGAAUUAUUUACCAAACCAUUAAAGGCUGGGUUCAUUAUUCUGAAGCUGAAGGUAUACAUGAUACUGUUAAAGCUGGAGGCAACAGACAAAAGUUGGCCUUGCAAUAUUCUGACUAUUUAGGAUUCAGCUACUUCAUUUUCAGUGAAAUGAUACAGAAAUAAAAAUGAGUAAAAAGUUUGUAUUGUUUCUAAUGAGGAUCUAAGCGGUUCCUAUAUUGAUCUCUCAAUAACUAAUUAUCUAUUUUUAUCCAACAGGUCGCCGAAUUUGGGAAUAAUGUAUAAUGAUUUAAUCUUGUAUUCACCACCUGUCAUUGUUGUAUUAUUAU